GCGAUCGGGAAAAUUGUCGUCGGCCACAGGAGCUAAAGAAAAUCUGAAAGAAAAGCUAAAGAACAUCCGAUCGAAGAGUUUUUCCGUGUCGCGGUAGUGCCCAAUACCUUGGUAAACGUGUUCAGAGAUAAUUGUCCUUGAACAGUAAUUUUCUGCACUACCGACGACCGGAUUUUGGUGAACGCACGACGAACAGCCGAUUGACCUAGUUUACCGGCGGCCAACAGCAACAAAAAAACUCGUGAAAAUUUGGAUAGCAACACCACCAAAGGCAACCUACUUUUCCCACUUCCUGCCCGAAACACGAGCUGACCGGGGACGACACUUCCGGCGUGGCACCACGGUGGAGACCGGCGAGGGAUUUUCCACGAUGUGCAGUGGCAACGACGAGAACGGCGGUGGAUCCGAGUCGCCAGUGCUGUCGCAAAAUCCGAGUGAUUAUGGACGUAACCUGAAAAUUCUGGACACAAACGACCAGAUCAAGGAGCUGCAGACCAUAAUUCGCGACAAAAACACACAGCGCAGUGACUUCAAGUUCUACGCGGACCGGUUGAUCCGGUUAGUGAUCGAGGAAAGCCUCAACCAACUACCCUACUCGGACUGCUCGGUCGUCACGCCAACCGGAGCCAUCUACGAUGGGCUACGGUAUCGAUCGGGGAACUGUGGUGUAUCCAUCAUACGGUCCGGCGAGGCGAUGGAACAGGGUUUACGAGAUUGCUGCCGUUCGAUACGGAUCGGGAAGAUACUGGUCGAAUCGAAUGCGGAAACACAUGCUGCCAAGGUGGUGUACGCGCGGUUUCCGGACGAUAUCGCUCACCGGCAGGUGCUGCUGAUGUACCCAAUCAUGGCCACUGGCAACACCGUCAUACAGGCAGUGAACGUAUUGAAGGAUCACGGCGUCAAGGAGGAUUCUAUCAUCCUAUCGAACCUAUUCUGCACUCCAGUGGCCGCGAGAAUGGUGGUGACGGCAUUUCCUGAUCUCAAGAUACUUACCUCUGAGCUGCACCCGGUCGCACCGAACCACUUUGGGCAGAAGUAUUUUGGUACGGAUUGAACAUACACACUGCCGACCUGCCGGCGGACUACCUGUCCUGCACUAGAGCUUCUUGCAAUGCUUCUCGCCUCAUUGCCUCCUCCGGUGCCCUCGCCUGUUUUUUCUUUCGGCAAAGUUACUGUAAAAGUGUAAUCUAGAACAUAGCUAGAAUUAAGCAUAAAGUGCAUGUCUGUGUGUUUCUGAGAGAGAUAGAGAAAAGGAGAGAUUGAGAUCAAGAGAGCGAUGCUGGCUCAACAUAAGCAGCGAGAAAAUAAAAAAAACAAAACCCGGACUAGGAGAAACCAACCCUAGUCGCCG